ACGUAUCUGUUAAGGUCUGUCUAUCGCAUACCAUAAAAUGCUCCUGACCUAUUUUAAUGAGGGGCACUUUCGCUUAGCAUUUUAUGAAGAAUCAAACAUUUCUUUAUUGGUCAUUUUAGAAAACAAUGCAAACGAGAUACCUGUUUAUCAUUACUGGUCACAUCACCGUCCCAAAUGUGAUCUCCUUAAAAUGAGAUACACUAUUUUGAAAAAAAAUGUCUGCAAGUAUUUGAAGGCGAUUCAAUGCCAAUAAUGCGAGUGAGAUUGUCUUCGUGGAGCCGUAGUUUCUACAUUUUCCAAGGUGGCAAAAUUAGGUGGUUAGUAAAGUGGUGUGGUUAUUCUAACACUGUCCCCGAUCAGCGAGGUGAGCGGGUGCUUUAAUUAGGUGGAGCGCGGUAGCAGUUGGCUUCUGCCGUCAGGUUGCAGUGAGCCAAAGAGCAAUGCUUCACAUGGGACUUGGCGUGGGGCAGAUGGUGUCUCGAGCCUGGAAGCGGGCCGUUGCUUUUGGAACGCGGACCCAUUGUCUCGACACGGGGGAGACGGUCGAAGGCGCUCGCGAGGCUCUCCUCGAGACCGCCAGAGUGGACCGCUUCGGGGCGGUCACUGCCCAUCUAGAGCCCAGGCACUUCUCACCGGAACUGGACGAGAUCACAUUUCAAAACAUACUACAGGAUGCUAUCAAGCACUGGAAAGCAGAAGGCAGGGUGGCAGUCUGGCUGCAUGUUCCUAUACUCCAGAGCAGGUUUAUACCUGGAGCAGCUGCUCAAGGUUUUACAUUUCACCACGCGGAAAAGAACCAAUCCACGUUGGCACUGUGGCUAGCUAAAGGGGAAAGCAGGCUUCCUGCUUAUGCCACACAUCAAGUUGGCGUGGCAGGUGCUGUGUUUGAUGAAGCCACUGGUAAAGUUCUGGUUGUGCAAGAUAAGAAUAAGACAAAAAAUGCUUGGAAGUUUCCAGGAGGCCUCUCUGAUCUGGGUGAAGAUAUUGAUUCCAACAUCUACAGUAAUUUUCUCCUACAAGCGAUUUUAGAGGUUGGAAGAUGGAGACUGCUGAGGCAAGCAAUGGAAUUGUCAAAUGUGGAGGCAGAAUUUUCCCAGCCCAGCAUGGCAAUGCCAAGGAAGUUCGAAAAACAUGGCAAAAUCCAAAAUCAGAUUCUCAACAUGGAGAAAAAUUUGAAUUUUGCCCUCGAGUUCUGAAUGUUGCCAGUUAAGCAGCAACUACCUUAUUUCCAAGCAUUUGCAUCCCAUUAUUGAUUGAUCUUGCCUCAUUUACAUGCACCUCACAUUCUCCCAUCCACAGGCGAGGAACCAGAUGGUGCCAAUUGUCAAAGUGGUCACCUGGCUCAUAAUUUGUUUCUUUGGGCCCUCAUUGUAAAAGGUCCAUUCACCAUCACAUUACAAACUCCAUGGACAUCAUUCCCGUCCAGCCAUCGUUUACAGAAGUCAAUAAUCGGCAAAACACAAGCCUCACCAUAUUAUAACUGAAGUUGUCUUUCAACUGUACAAGAGCUUGGUUAGACCGCACCUAGAAUACUGUGAGCAGUUUUAGACUAUUUCAGGAAAGAUAUUAUUGCCAGAGUGCAAUAAAUUUUCAGCUGACUUGUUCUCAGGAUGUUGAGAGAUCAGGCAAAUUAGGCUUGUAUUCUCUAGAUUUUUUAAGAAUGAGUGACAAUUUCAUUGAAACCUACAAAAUAUUUAAAAGGGAUAAACAGGGUAGCUGCAAGCAAGAUUAUUAAUCUAAAACCUGGGGGCACAAUUUAAAAAGAAAUGAGACAACUUAAUUUCUCCUUAUCUCAGACUGUUUACUCAGAAGAUUGUGAACCUUUGGAAAUUUUCAACCAUAGAGGGCUAUGAAUGUCCAAUGUCCAAGGCAGAAACUGAUAGAUUUCAGACUGCCUAUAUACCUGUGGGCAGGGUUAGAGAGAGAGUAAGUAAAAGGCAUUGAAAUGUUCAAUCAAUCGUGACUGUAUUGAAUGGCGGGGCGGGUUCAACAGGCUGAAUGGCCUACGCCUGUUCUUAUGUUCUGCGAUCUCAAACUAACUUUUAAUAAACUUCAGCACUUGACUAAUGCACUUUGAGUACACAGCGAUUGACAGGAGCAUUGUAGAAACAUCAACCCAUCUCAUGCAUCUGCACAGGAUGUGUUUUAUGGCUGUUCUCAGAGCAGGAAAAGCAGAGGAUGGAAGGAGUCUGGGAGAAGUGACCAAAAGCCAUUGGAGUGGAGACAAGGAUGUUACUGUCUAAUGGCAGAGAGAGAUGACCCAUGCGGAACUCAAAAUCAUCAGCUGCCUUCAACCCUGCUGUGCAUCUGAUUUGUUCCAAGGAAAGUUAAUAACCUAGGGCUUUAUGUAUGUUAAGGCUGGCUGUAUCUAGUGGUACUGGCAGAGCUUAGGAAAAGGAUGGCUCUCCUCUCCACCACCUCUUCCAGGUCCUUCUUUCUGAAGCAAGAUGCCUGCUUCCAUUCCUGCCUGGGGCAAUGCCCUACAUGAUAAACAUCAAGCAAUGUAGGGGCCAGUUCCUGGCUUGCACCAAUUGAAGUGGCGAGUUUAAAUGUGCUGCCAUUGAUGUGAAUGAUGGAAGGUCCCAGAAGCGGUGAGCACGUCCACCCCUUACCUUUGGCAGUAGAGCCCAAAUGCAUAAUUCAUGGAGGUGAGUAGCAGACUAUAGUGGAAGAAAAGUUGCUGUGAGCGUUGAAAGGAAACCUACCAUGAAACUCCCCAAAAAUAAACUUAUCCUAAAAAUAGGCAAUUCAGCACUUAGUGUAGUAAAGUUUAUUGUGGCUUGUUCAAAACUGGAAUCUAGUGGCUUUGUUCCAUUACUACAUAGCUGGAAUCUCUCACUUUAUCCACUUUUUUUUCAGAAAAAAGGAAGGGUUAUGAGUCCCUGGCUAGACCAACAUCAAUUUGGCAGUCUAGUCUGUGAUUACCACAUGCAUGCUGAAACGAAGUGCAAUGGACGGUGACAUACAUAAACCUUCAAAAAAGGUGUAAGGACACAUUAAUAAGGCCAUUAAACAGAAAAGUAUUUGGGAUCUUUGGUUUGAUAAAUAGAGAGCUCAGGCUGACCUCCCAAAAAGAAAAAAAAAUGUGGUUUUCAGGUCAAGUGGAUCAAAAAAGUGCUUAAAAUUAUGAAACCUGAAUCUAACCCAUCUGGAACUUGUCCACUUAAUAAAGGAAAGGGGUGGACAGGUUAUCAAUCCAUUUGCAGGAAUUAGGUCCCUCAUUUAAAAGCUUUUGAAUGAGUUUGCAUGCCUUUUUAUCUUUAAAGAAGUUUUACCACUGAUCAGCUAGUUUCCCAACAGCUAAAGGAACGGAAGGUUUAAAUACCUUGCCAGCACUGCCCACGUGUCUGGAAACUCAGGAAUAUUCCCAUCAGCCGACCAACCCAAAGUUUCUCACCAUCCAUCCUCUCAGACAGACAGCUUCUGACUGCGCCUUUAACUCCCUCCACAUAAGAGCUAGACUUCUGACUACCCUCUACCACUUUCAUUCAGCAAACACAUUUUUAAUAGCUAAGCCACAUAUGAAUGAUAAAUUUAGUUUAUUGUGAAGCUAUGCAAGCCUACUUCUCAGACUGAUA